AGCUCUCCAGGUAAUUCUGUGCAACAAUGUUUGAGAACCACAACUUUAGCAAAACUACGCCGCACACAUGAGGUUCCAGAGCAGCUGCAGGACAAUGGCCACCUCCAACUGACCAGGCUUCCUCAAAGAGCUGACUUGUUCUAGCUGCUUAUGCUUUUUAAACCAUUUGCAACUGAAUGUGGACACAGGUCUUGCUAUGAGUGUCUCUUAAGAAGCUGGAAGGAAAGCCCGCAUUGCACCUACCUCAAGGUCAAGGAUAUGUACAAGAAUGAGGUCCGAGAUAUCCUGACAAGAGAGCAUGUCCCUUGGAAGAGAGAAAUGAUCAGGUUUGCCACCUGAGGAUGGGAGUGGAAGACCAGGGAGCAGCUGAACAGAUAAAGGCUCUUCGGUUACCGAUCUUCUCUUUGGCUUUUUCCCUGAAGGGAAAUACCAGGAUUACAAAGGCGUGUGGCGGAGGAAGACCUGCCGGUUUGAGGCGCCCCGAAGGCGCGGCCCUGCUCUGAGGCUCGGUCGUGGGUUGCACAGGGACCGUGAGGUCGGCAGCUGUGAGUGCCCCGCUUCACCGUGACUCUCUUCGGUUCGGAGCGCAGGGGAAUAUUCCGCGGGAGGAGCCGUCGCCCAGGACACCUGCAGGGAUGUCCGAGAAGCUCCGCUCCCAGUUACAGCAUCAAAUCCCAGAAGAUGCCUACUGUGGGGAACACCAACAGCCACUGCAGCUGUUCUGUGAUGACGACCAAAUGCUGCUUUGUGGUCAGUGCUUCCACCCCGAGGGGCACGAGAGUCACGUGGUGUUCGGAGUCCAAGAGGCUGCUGGCCGCUACAGGGAGUUAUUCCAGGAGAUAUUGAACACAUUGAAGGAGAAACUUGAAGUAGCUAAAAGCAUAUUGGCUGAUGAGCAAGAAAGAAUGGUGAUGAUUCAGGGAGAAGAACAGGAUUUUAAAGACAUGAUUGAGUCUGAAUAUAGGAUAAGGUUCCAGUUGAUGGUUGAAGAGAAGACAAAUUUCCAGAGGCUUCAAGGGGGUGUGUCCAACUCCAACACCAGGGAAGAAGGUCUGAAUCAACUGAUGGAGUUCGCCACAGAGCUGAAGGAGAAAUCCCAGGAAACGCUACAGAGACUGAGCGAUUUGGGGAAAGAGAACAUGAAUAAGCUGAAGGAGAGUGAAGUCAGGCUUUCUGAACAUAUCUGCAGCCUCCAAAGGAUCAUUGCAGAGCUAGAGAAGAAGUGUGGGAAAUACAACUUAGCGUUCCUCCAGAAUGCGAAAUAUUCUGUGGAAAGGAGCGAAUCAAUACUGCUUGAGUGUCUGGAGCCCGCCCAUAUCACAGACCUGAAUCUGUGCCAAGUAACCGGAAUGAGCAGGAUGCUCAACACUCUCCAAAUGAAUAAUACUGAAUUCUGCAAAAGACAGUCCUUUAUUCUUAAAAAUUUGAGAAGUGUUAGAUAUAGAGACUUUAUGCAGUAUAUGCUUGAAAAGUAACCUGGAAAAAUUUAAAGAUUCAGGAGAAAUACAGGUGAUAAAGGAAGUUAAAUGAUACCAUGAGGAAACAACUAGACAAAUGGAACACUACAGCUACUAGACCAGAUUCUUCAAUAUGUCAGUAUGAUUUUAAAACAAAGAGGGGGAAUUCUUCUAGAUUAAAAGAUACCCUAAGAGGCAUAACAACAAAAUGGGAAUACUUGUCAUUUAUUAUGUUUUGGUUUAAACAAAUAUCUCUUGUGCCAGAAAACAAAGGCAUGCUCAAAAACCAAGGAGUUAGGAGUCAACUUGAAAACACUCUUGCUUGUGAAAUUUGGGACAAUUUUAACAUCCAAAUGAAUGAUGACAGAAAUAUAUUAGAAAAAGUUAAUAAAAUGGGGCACCUCUGUAGUUCAGCCUGUUAAGUGUCUGACUCUUGGUUUUGACUCAGGUCAUGAUCUCAUGGUCCUGAGAUGGCAGCCCCAUGUGGAAACCUGCAUCAGGCUCCUUGCUCAGUGGGGGGUCUGCUUGAAGAGUCUCUCCCUGUGUCCCUCCCCUUCCUCUCAGGCAUGGGCAUGAACACGUGCAUGCUCUCUCUUUCUCAGAUAAAUAAAUCUUUAAAAAAAAGAAAAAGGGAAUAAAAUAAAUUCAAAUCAAGGGGAUUAACUUAUAUAAACUCUUUGUUAUAAAGUAAGUCACAAAGAUGAAAAAAAAGUACAGCAUAGGGAAUAUAGUCAGUAAUAAUUUAGUAAUGUUUUGUGACAGAUGGUGACUAUACUUAUCAUUGAGCACUGAGUAAUGUAUAGAAUUGUUGAAUCACUAUGUUGUACACCUGCAGCUAAUAUUAACUUGUAUAUUAAUUAUACUUAAUUCAUUAAAGUAUAAAUUAAUCAUACUUACAUUAAAUAUACACACACACACAUAUAUAUACGUGUGUGUGUGUGUAUAUAUAUUAAGGAGUCCACUCUGGCAAAAAAAGAAGAUUUUAAGAUUUAUUUAUUUUAAAGAGAAAGAGUGCACACAGGGUAGGAGGCAAAGGAAGAGGGAUAGAGAGAAUCUCAAGCCGACUCCUGGCUGAGCGCAGAGCCUGACAUCGGGCUCAGUCUCACGACCCUGAGAUUGUGACCUGAGCUGAAAUCAAGAGCCAGUGGCUUAACUGACAGCCACCUAGGUGCCCCUGGAGGGGUUGGGGGGAUUGUUUUUAAAUAGGAAGAGGGAAAAGAGUUCUCUUUUGAAGAAAAAUUCCAACUAAUACAUGUAUUUUUAACUACCAUAUGAUAACUACCAUCAAAAUUUAUUCUGACAAGGAUCAUCAACGAGCUAAAACCAAUGAGUGAAGGAUUAUUGGGGGACAUGACAGUCACUUGGUAUCAAAUUAUCAGCCAAAAAAUAGCUUAUUAAUUACAAAGAUAAAAGAAUACUUUUCAAUGAUGAAAUCUAAAAGAUAACUUUUUAACCAAAUAGUCAAAUUUAGUAUCCUCAAUAAGAGGACAAAUUGAUAUAAGCUUCCUGAUGCAACACACCAAGGACACAUGAGCAGGUAUUCCUGCUUUAGAAAUGCUUAACCUGAAUCUAAUUAUGAAGAAACUAUCAGACAAACUCAAACUGAGAUAAUUUGCAAAACAACUGCUUUUUAAAAAGAUUAAUAUCAGGGGCGCCUGGGUGGCUCAGUGAGUUAAACCUCUGCCUUCAACUCAGGUCAUGAUUUCAGGGUCCUGGGAUCGAGCCCCAUAUCAGAUUCUCUGCUCAGCAGGGAGCCUGCUUCCCCCUCUCUCCUGCCUACUUGUGAUCUCUCUCUCUCUGUCAAUAAAUAAAUAAAAUCUUAAUAAAAAAAGAUUAAUAUCAUAAGAGUCCUAAAAAAAAGAGGCUAACCAUUCUAGAUUAAAAAGACCUGACAACUAAAUGUAAUUUGUGUACCUUGAUUAAAUUUUGGGUUGGAGAAAACAACAACAAAAAACCCUAGCGGGGGCGCCUGGGUGGCUCUGUCAUUAAGCGUCUGCCUUCGGCUCAGGUCAUGAUUCCGGGGUCUUGGGAUCGAACCCCACAUCGGGCUCACUGCUUGGUGGGAAGCCUGCUUUCCCUCUCCAGUUACUCUGCUCAUGUUCCUACUCUCGCUGUAUCUCUCUCUGUCAAAUAAAUAAAUAAAUAAAAUCUUUAAAACAAAUGAACAAAUAAAAAAAAAAAACCCAAGCUAUGUUAGGGCAAAUGGGAAAAUUUAAAUUUAAUAGUAUAUUUAAUAAAUAUAUUAUAUUUCAUUUAUAUUUCCUGAAUGUAAAAAUUUGUGAUGUGGUUAUAUGAGAAAAUGUACUAGUUUUUGGGAAGUGCCCACUCUGAAGUAUUUAGAGAAGAGUAUCAGGAUGCCUGCAGUUAACACUCAAAUAGUUCAUCCCUUCCUCUGGCCUGGCCGAAAGGUGGUUUUAUAGGUGUAUAUAUGUAUGCUUUAUGUAUAUAUGUAUAUGUGUGCUUUAUAUUCAGUGCGUGUGCACGUCUGUGUGAGUGUGUGGAGAGAGAGAGGGGACAUGCAAAUGUAGCAAAGUGUUAACAAUUAGUUCUAUAUGAAAAGCAUAUAGGGGUAUUCACUAGAGUUGCAUAAUAAAAUAAUACCAGCUGGCUGGCUUAAACAACAGAGACCUAUUUUCUCACAUUUCUGAAGGCUGUAGAGCAAGAUCAAAGUGCCAGCUGGACUGGUUUCUUCUGAGGCUUCUGUCCUUGGCUUGUAGAUGGCUAGCAUGUUUCUGCCUCUUCACAGGCCCUGUGCAUUUGCACCUUUGGUAUCUUCGUGUGUCCAAAUUUCCUCUUCUUAUACUAGUUAGAUUCAAUUAGGGCCCAUCCCAAUGGCCUUCACGUAACAUGAUCACUAACUUAAAGCCCUAUCUUCAAAAAUAAUCACAUUCUGAAGUACUAGGAGUGAAGGCUCUAACACAUAAAUUUUGGAGGGAUACAAUUCAGUCCAUGGAAAUAGGUAUUCACUGGAUUUUUCUGGCAACUUUCCUAUAGAUUUGAACAUUUUCAAAAGAAAAAGUUGGGAGAAAAAAAAAAUGAGGACCCAGCUGGUUGCCAUAUACUUCUCUAAAAUCAAAUUAUUUUGAGAACCAGAAACAUUUUGAUAUAUACUUGUGGCUAAAUUAGUUAGACAAACUUUAUAAGACACUGUAGAAAAGGUGUUUUUUUUUUUUUUUAAGAAAAGGAAUAAACGGAAGCUGGACUAUGUUAGUCAAUUUCUAUUUGCCCAGUCUGUGAAAGGAAAAUAACUUACACCAACUAUCUUUCUAACACCCCUGUCUUCUAAAUAAAAGUAUUCUAGAAAGUGAAGCACAAGUAUGAAAUUCAAAAUGAAAAACUCCCCUAUUACCUUUUCUGCAAAGUCAUUUCUUCAUUAACUUAUUAAAUUUAACAUCUCAUUGAAAAUGGAUAUUCUUAAUGUACAACAGAUCAACAUUAUGAUACUGCUAAUGGUUAUAAUCAGUCUUCAGAUUAAAAAAAUAUAUUUCUAUUUGCUUUUCUUCCUAUCAUAAUUUACCUAUAAAAUGAAUGAAUAUAAUUGCAUUCACCUUUCAUUUCUAAUUCCUCUUGAUAUUUUUCAGUCCUAAAGCUUUUUCACCUCAAGCUGUGAUUUGUCAGGUUUUAUAACCUCUGAGUAUUGUCAGUGUUGCGUAUGUGUGGAGAGGAAGCCUCUAGGGAAAAUUGAGGUUCUGUAGAAAAAAGGUAUUGGUGAUUCAGGAAGUGCUGUUCAUUCCUCUGAGUGAGUAUUGAACCAAUGCCCCUGCACAAGAGGUGCUAUCUUUUUGAAAAUGACAUAAAACAGAGGUCUUAACUUUAGUACGAGCCUCUUUCAUAAAAAAACAUCCAAAAACGACCUCAGUUUCAGAUUUCAUGAGAAGUCUUAAAUUUUUUUAAAUGUAUAUACAGAAGUUUUAAUACUUCAGAAAAGGAGAGGAAUUUUACUGAGUUGCAAAUAUAUCUUUACUGCCUGAUUUCUUUUCCAAAAGGAAUGCUUCCCCCCCACUCCAAUUGUAAGGUUAGACAUUUUUCAUUUAAAAAAAUCUGAGAAAUGGAAGUAUAAAUGAAGUAAAUAUUCAUUUAUAAUCCCACCAUCUUGAGAUGAGAAUCAUUAUUUAAUCAAUAUAGCAUUCUAUAGUCUAGAACUGUAUGUACUUCAGGAAAACUAAAAAGUUAACUCUUAAUUUGUCUGUUGCCAACGUUUCUUAUUUCUUUUUUUUUUUUUUUAAGGAUUUUGUUAAUUAGAGAGAGAGACAGACAGAAUGAAUAGGGGGGAGGGGCAGAGGGAGAAGGAGAAUUAGACUCCCCACUGGGCAGGGUAUCUGACUUGGGGCUCAAUCCCAGGACCCUGAGAUCAUGACUUGAGCUGAAGUCAGAUAUUUAACUAACUGAGCCACUCAGGAGCCUCCAAAGUUUCUUAUUUCUUUUCUUUUUUUUUUUUUUUAAAGAUUUUAUUUAUUUAUUUGACAGACAGAGAUCACAAGUA